UUCUUUUCUUUUCUGUAUUCUCCAAAUCAAAACCCUAUCUUCAGGUGAAUAUUUUUAUAUACACAUUUCGGUUUUCUGUUCUUUGUAAAUCUUUUGCCAAAAAAAAUUAUGGGUAUCCGAUUGAUGGGAAUAGCUCAUGCAAAAGUGCAGAAACUUCACAAAACACUUUCAUCAGCUGCAAGAUCACAAACUUCGUCUACCACUACUACAAAUGCAAAUAAUGUUCCAAAAGGCCAUUUUGCAGUUUAUGUUGGAGACCAAACGUGCAAGAAGCGGUUCGUUGUUCCAAUAUCUUAUUUGAACCAUCCUCUUUUCCUUGAUUUGUUAGAUCGAGCUGAAGAAGAAUAUGGAUUCGACCACCCUAUGGGAGGCCUCACCAUUCCAUGCAGCUUAGACUACUUCAUCAGUCUUAUUUCUGCAUUAAAUUGUUCAUAGUUGAUUAUCAUCUAUAUAUUGGUUAACUUUCUUUUUUUUC